CCCAACAAAAAGUUGACAAUUUUCUAGCCCGCUCAGUCGAAAAUCGUUGCUAACCGAAGCCAAAAGGCUCUACUACAAUUAAGAAAGAACAAUUUUUUGCGAAUUUUUAUUAUUACGAACGAAAAAUAAUAAGCAUAAUAUACAUAGAUACAGAUACGGUUAAUUGUACCCCAGGUCGUGGUUAGAGCUCAAUUUGAUUGGAAACAUAUACACAUACAUAUAUAUAUAUAUAUAGAUAUAUAUCGCAACUCGAAUAAACAAAUACAGUCAGUCGCAUAAUGCCCCUUCAACCGAUUGAAUCCCCGAAAUGCCCGCGCUGCGGCAAGAGCGUAUACGCCGCCGAGGAGCGACUGGCGGGCGGUUAUGUAUUCCACAAGAACUGCUUCAAGUGCUCCAUGUGCAACAAAUCCCUGGACUCGACCAACUGCACAGAGCACGAGCGCGAGCUCUACUGCAAGGUAUGCCACGGACGCAAAUACGGGCCCAAGGGCUACGGUUUUGGCACCGGCGCCGGCACACUCUCCAUGGACAACGGCGCACAGUUCCAGAACGGUCACGAUGUGGUAAGGAAUGGCGCCCGUCUUGAGCCGCGCGCCAUUGCCAGGGCGCCGGAGGGCGAGGGUUGCCCCAGAUGCGGCGGCUAUGUCUAUGCCGCCGAACAGAUGCUGGCCCGCGGACGCGGCUGGCACAAGGAGUGCUUCAAGUGCGGCACCUGCAAGAAGGGCCUCGACUCGAUACUGUGCUGCGAGGCGCCCGACAAGAACAUCUACUGCAAGGGCUGCUAUGCCAAGCAGUUCGGACCCAAGGGCUACGGCUAUGGCCAGGGCGGCGGCGCCCUCCAGUCCGAUUGCAUUGCUAGCGACGAGGGUGCACCGCAGAUGCGCGCCGCCAUCGAGGUGGACAAGAUCAGGGCGCGUCCCGGCGAGGGUUGUCCGCGUUGCGGUGGCGCCGUCUUUGCCGCCGAGCAGAAGCUGUCCAAGGGCCGUGAGUGGCACAAGAAGUGCUUCAACUGCAAAGACUGCAAAAAGACGCUGGAUUCGAUCAAUGCCACCGACGGACCUGAUGGCGAUGUCUACUGCAGGACCUGCUACGGCAAGAAGUGGGGACCACAUGGCUAUGGCUUUGCCUGCGGCUCUGGUUUCCUGCAAACCGAUGGCCUGACCGAGGAUCAGAUCAGCUCCAGUCGCCCCUUCAUCAAUCCCGACACCACCUCCAUCAAGGCGCCCGAAGGCGAGGGCUGCCCACGUUGCGGCGGUGCCGUCUUUGCGGCCGAACAGCAGCUCUCCAAGGGCAAGAUGUGGCACAGAAAGUGCUACAACUGCACCGACUGCCAUCGUCCACUCGACUCGAUGCUGGCCUGCGACGGGCCCGAUGGCGACAUCUAUUGCAAGGCCUGCUAUGGCAAGCACUUUGGUCCCAAGGGCUUUGGCUAUGGCCAUGCGCCCACGCUCGUCUCGACCAGCGGCGAGUCCACCAUCCAGUUUCCCGACGGUGGUCCAUUAAAUGGUCAGAAGACCUCCGGCGGCUGCCCGCGCUGCGGCUUUGCUGUCUUCGCCGCCGAACAGAUGAUCAGCAAGAGCCGCAUCUGGCACAAGCGCUGCUUCUACUGUUCCGAUUGCCGCAAAUCUCUCGACUCGACGAAUCUCAACGAUGGACCCGAUGGCGACAUCUACUGCCGCUCCUGCUACAGCCGCAAUUUCGGGCCCAAGGGCGUGGGCUAUGGCCUCGGCGCGGGCGCUUUGACAACGUUCUAAAAAAAAAAAAAAAAAAAAAAAAAAACAAACAAAAAAUGAAAACAAAAUGCAAAACCCCCCAGCCACAACUUAUUUAAAUUACCAGCAACAGCAGCUAUCGUUCCGAUCAUUAUUUUCCGUUUUCAACUUCUAGCUGUUACCCAGAAACUAAUUCAACUUAUCCACAAUGCUAGCUAACUUAGUCUUCGGUUUUCCAACGAUUUUUGAUGAACGAAAUGCAGAAACGUCUUAUGUUUUUGUCUUAGGUUAUGUGAGAAUAAGCUUUACAAACAGAACAAAAAAAAAAAAAACAACAAAAACUAAACAAAAAAAUAAAUAAAAGAAACUUUGAAAAAAACCAACAACAAAAAAAUGAAGUUCAAAAACUUACGAAAAACCAAAAACAAAUAAUGCGAAAUUAACUAUCGAACGCCAACUAACGAAUCAAGUACCGACAAUGGCACAGGCUAAAAAAAAAUAAAUAAAUAUAAUAUAUAAUAAUAAUAACAAUAUUAUAAAACUGAAAAUAAUAGAGAAGCAGAUGAUGCAGGCUAACAUUGGGCACAGUUGCAGCUAACAGUUUGGAGGGGCAACUGUACCGCGGAGAUAUUUCUAUUUAUGUUGUUCAUCGACUUCAAUGCGAAAGAAAGUAUCUAAUAUGCUCCAAUAUAAAACCAGAGAACUAAUGUAGAGAGCUAUUGCUCCCGAUGAUAAUUAUUAUAACUGAUAAAUGAUAAAUUAUAAAUGAUAAAUAAUGUUGAUGAUGAUGAUAUAUGUAUGUAUAUUUAGCUUAUUUAGUUUAUAUGUUAAUAAGUACUUGCGAAAUCUUGAUGAUAUGAUAUUUUUGAAAUAUUCGUUUUUGUUUGCGUUUUCCUUAUUUCUGCUAAUUCGAAUUCAUGAGCAAUGUUCGGUUUCAUGCAAAUACUUGGACUCGCUCUAUAUACAACACACAUAACAUCCAAUAAUAUAUGCCCCAGUGGGUUCCAUGGAAACAAAACGAA